AUGGAUUUUUGUGGCUUCUUCCCUACUGGAGAGUACUUCAUGGUUGUCAUAGAUGACUAUACUCGUUAUCCUGUCGUCGAGAAAUUAAUGAACAUUAAGGCAGAUACAGUGACUGCCAGGCAUGAAAAUAUUUUUGGCGUAUUUGGAACAACCAGUGUUAUUAAAACAGACAAUGGCGCUUCAUUUAAUGGUCAUCGAAAAAUCACGCCACUUCACCCCAUGUCAAAUGCUACUGCUGAAGCUUUUAUGAAGCCUCUUGUGAAGGCGAUUAAAACCUCGAAUGCUCAAAGUCAAGAGUUGAAGUCGGAUAUUAGCAAAUUUCUUUUGAAUUAUCGUAGUAAGUCGCACCCCAGCACAGUUGUCUCCCCAGGAGAACUCAUGCUCAACAGAAAAAUGAAAACAACAUUGCCCCAGAUUAUUACAAAGUCAAGGGAUACAAGAGUCAGGAAAAGAGAUACCAAGGCAAAGGCUAAGAAUAAAUGGUAUGCAGACAGUCGCAGAAGAGCUUAUCCAUGUAGGUUUAAACCAGGUGACCAAGUACUAAUAAAACAGAGAAUCCACAACAAGUUGGAUAUGCCUUUUUGUCCUAUUCCGGGAACAGUGGUAUCAAAAAAGGGUUCAAGUACCCAUGAAGGAAAGACAUUCAUCAAGAAAAUAGACGGUGUCUAG